UCCCACCCCGAGAUUCUUCCAGAACCUAGCCGGCUGAUCCGCGCGGCGAGGUGCACAGCUUUAGGGUUUAUUUCUGGCAUUUAAAGACAUUUUUUCUAGCUGUGCAUUUCAUUGAGAUAGAGGUCCACAAUGUCGGCACUGGGGACUCUCGCCUUCGAUGAAUAUGGAAGGCCUUUUAUUAUCAUAAAGGACCAGGACAAGAAAUCUCGCCUGACUGGCGUGGAAGCUCUGAAGUCACACAUCAUGGCAGCGAAGGCAGUCGCAAACACCCUGAAAACAUCACUGGGGCCAAAUGGACUGGACAAAAUGAUGGUUGAUAAGGACGGUGAGGUGACUGUGACCAACGAUGGUGCAACGAUUCUCAGCAUGAUGGAUGUGGAUCACCAGAUUGCCAAACUCAUGGUUGAGCUCUCCAAGUCUCAAGAUGAUGAAAUUGGAGAUGGAACCACUGGUGUUGUUGUUUUGGCCGGAGCUCUUCUGGAGCAGGCUGAGCAACUGAUAGAUAGAGGAAUUCACCCCAUCAGGAUCGCUGACGGUUAUGACCAGGCUGCAAAGAUUGCCAUUGAACAGCUCAACAAAGAUAGUGAUAGCUUCCCAGUGGAUCCCAACAAUACAGAGCCCCUUAUUCAGACAGCCAUGACCACGCUAGGAUCCAAAGUGAUCAACCGGUGUCAUAGACAGAUGGCAGAGAUUGCUGUCAAUGCCAUCUUAACAGUGGCUGAUAUGGAGAGAAAGGAUGUUGACUUUGAACUUAUCAAAGUGGAAGGAAAAGUUGGUGGUAAACUAGAAGACACUCAACUCAUCAAAGGUGUCAUUGUGGACAAAGAGUUUAGUCACCCUCAGAUGCCCAAGGUACUGAAAGAUACAAAGAUUGCCAUCCUUACUUGCCCAUUUGAGCCACCCAAGCCCAAAACCAAGCAUAAGCUUGAUGUGACUUCAGUGGAGGACUACAAAGCACUGCAGAAGUAUGAGAAGGGGAAAUUUGAGGAGAUGAUUCGACAGAUCAAGGAGAAUGGCGCCAAUCUUGCUAUUUGCCAGUGGGGUUUUGAUGAUGAGGCCAAUCACUUACUCCUGCAGAAUGAGCUUCCUGCUGUCCGCUGGGUCGGUGGACCUGAGAUUGAGCUCAUUGCCAUCGCUACCGGAGGACGUAUUGUACCCAGAUUCUCCGAGUUGACACCAGAAAAGUUAGGAACUGCUGGGCUGGUCAAGGAAAUCUGUUUUGGGACAACUAAAGACAGAAUGCUGGUCAUCGAAGAGUGCAAGAACUCUAGAGCUGUGACCAUCUUCAUCCGUGGUGGGAACAAAAUGAUUAUUGAGGAGGCUAAGAGAGCUCUUCAUGAUGCUCUGUGAGUCAUCCGUAAUCUUGUGCGUGAUAACCGCAUUGUUUAUGGAGGCGGGGCUUCAGAGAUUUCCUGUGCUCUUGCUGUCAACCAGGCUGCUGAUAAGUGCCCCUCUUUGGAACAGUAUGCCAUGAGAGCUUUUGCUGAUGCUUUGGAGGUCAUUCCUAUGGCUUUAGCAGAGAACAGUGGUUUGAACCCCAUUCAAACAAUGACAGAGGUCAGAGCCCGACAAGUUAAGGAAAUCAACCCGGCACUUGGAAUUGACUGCCUACAGUUGGCAACAAACGACAUGAAGCAACAACAUGUAAUUGAGACCCUCAUUGGAAAGAAACAGCAGAUUUCUUUGGCAACUCAAGUGGUCAAGAUGAUCCUCAAGAUCGAUGACAUCAGGGGCCCUGGCGAACCUGAGGACUGAGCAUUGUGUAGCUGUUGAAGUGAAUGAUCUCCAGCACUUCUAAAGGAAUGUGUCACAACCUUCGUACAGUUAUUUAUCAUUUGAUACAGCUCUCUGUCAAUGUAGUACUGAAGUGAUCAUUAAAAUUUUGUUUUCAGA